AUGGGUGCACCAGGGGCAAGUCUACCUCGUCUCCUCUCCACCCUGGACUCCCUCAAGGACGCCAAGACCUGCAGCCCUCAAGCAUCUUCUUCAUCUUCAACAACCGGCCAUCUUCUCCUUCAUCUCCGGCCGGCUCCUCCGGCUACUUCUCCGUCGCCUCCUCCACCUCUCCUUCGACACCACCAGGACGCCGACGCAGAGCAGUACGAGCAGGAGUACGAGUUCCCCCUGGAGGAUCGUGUCGGUGCUUCUACCUCUGAUCUGACAGACGCCGACGCAGAGCAGUACGAGCAGAAGUACGAGUUCCCCCUGGAGGAUCGUGUCGGUGCUUCUACCUCUGAUCUGACAGGUACGACAGAUGAUGAGCAGUACGCUGGAGGCUACUUUGUCGAUGCACAGGAAGGUGAAGCACUCAGGCCUGGAAAGCCUACCGUGAGCCUUUGA